AUGGCUUCCACUAUCGAUUUCCGCCACCUCGACGAAGGCUUUGGCGGCAAAACAUACAAGCGCAAACGUGAACAGGCUCAAGCAGUCGAGGACGCAAAGAUGGAAGAAAUCCACGCCAUGGAGAUGGAGACCGACGACACCGCCCCUCCUCCUGCGAAGAGAUCCGCGGUCCCAUCGGAAUCAGAUCCCAACAAACCUUCCUUUUCAUCGUUUUCGUUUGGUAAACCUACCUACGAUGGAGUGAUUGCCGGGAGAGUCUCCGGCAGAAACUGGAAGCAGGUGCGGCAGAGGAGGUCGUCGGCGAUGCAGGUUAGUAAGAAGGGGACGACGUUUGAGGAGAGGGCGAGAGCCAAGAGUAUUAAGGCGGCGUUUAAGGAGAGGAUGACGGAGUUGAAAGAGGAGAUUAGGUUGAAUAAGGUUGAGAAGAGGAAGAAGAAGGAAGAGAGGGAGAAGAAGAAGAAAGAGAAUAUUCUUAGGACGGGGACUAAGCUUCAGAAGAUUACCAACCCCAAGACUCUGAAGAAGAUUGCCAAGUCCAAGCAGAGGAAACAACUUAGGAUGGUUCCGGAUGAUUCAGUCAAGAAAUAG